CUUUAGCACAAAUUAGCUAGAAUACAACUCGAGUUACACUGCAAACAUGUCGAAAUUUGUGCUGUUGUUGGCUAUCUGCUGCAUGUGCUUGCUGCAAGUUCAGGCGCAGCGGAAGACAUGUGACGAGGUGUCUAAAAUCUGUGUGAGAGCUCAGCGUUUGACAGGACCCGAGGAUGAUGUGACAAACUUGUUUAAUGUCCGCUGCCGCAGACAAAAUCGCAAUUGGAAAAAUAUUACACGCUGCCAGCUGGAGCGUGCCGCCUGUCAAUUAACUUUGGUCAAAUGCGAUCUUCUGAGCUGCGCUAAUGUGGUCAAUGCACUCCGGGGAUGAAUUACCAAACGCAAUGAGACAAGUAGCACAGAGCUGGGAUCGAAAAUUGAUGUAUUGCCUGCUUUGAUAUCAAAAUAUGAAAUUUGACGCAUACCAAAUGAUACAAUAAAUCAAUACAAGCUAAAUCUUGUGGGCCUAACUAAA